ACACAGCCAGGCAGCCAGCCACCGUGCCCAUACACGCAACUCUCUCCGUCUCGUUCUCUCCCAGGCGCUCCUCCUGUCGGUAGGCGGCGCCGCCGCCUCUGGUACCUCACGCCCGUGGCGGCGCGGCGGCCCGCCGGUUGCCGGCACGCGUUGCAGCAACGAACGCGACCAGGCCUGGUGACGACCGCGACCGGAACACCUCGACCACGCCCCACUUCCACGACCACGCCCCUCCUUGGUGUAGAAGGCAUUCCGUUUCCUUGGGUUCUGUGGUUUGCUCGUUAAGAAUGGAAAAUGGAUUUCCUGGUGAAGUUCUCAAGGCCGUUUUCCCUCUACUGGAUGGUAAAGACUUAGUCUUUUGCAUGCUUGUAUGCCGCCAAUGGCAUGAAAUUGCAAAGGAUGACUACUUCUGGAAAUGCAUCUGCUCACGGAAAUGGCCUUCCAUCUGCAAGCAGCCUCCCUCUGGCACAAACUUCCAAAACCUUUAUUUAACGUUCUCCAAUCCACGGAAGACAAAGCACCUUCCUGUACCAAAGCUCAAUUUCGAGGAUCUGGUAUUUUACAUUGACAUGUGGCAUGAGGGAUCACUGAUCUUCUCUCAAGCAGUUUCAGGUUGCAUUCUUCGAGCUGGUCUACAGAACACACCUCGGGGGAUUCCAGAUAUACUUGUAGAACAUCUGAAAGCCGCAGACUGCAUCCUGAUGAUGGAAGUCAAACCCAAGCUGACAGUACCUACGGGGCCAGCCAUCACCGUGUCUGUUCUUGCCCACCGCAAGGAUACGGACAAGAUGACUUGUAUUAUUAAUACGUCGGCUUUUGAUUACAUUGACAGCAAUGCAGCACGUGCAUUGGCAUACGAAUAUCUCAGGUUUUCACCCAGGUACCCGUUCAUAUCAGACAUCCGAGCAUGGAUGUCCUUGCUUUUCCUGUAUAAAGGAACAAGCUCCAUAGAGGUAUUUGGUAUUGAAUUAGAUUUUUGUGAUGCGGCAAGAUCGGAGAGUGAGAUCCUGUGGCUCCUAGACAUGCUUGAUUGGAAAUAGAAGCUACAUCUUUCGUUGUGAUUUGAGACUUUGAGGUUUGUAAUGUAAAGAAUGUUCACGAUAUUUCCUGUUGUACAGCAUACAUGCAACCGAACUAUAUAUUGCGCUUUUAAAAUGUUGGAAUAAAAUGGGGGAGGUGCUUCACUUUA